AUGUCGAUACAUGAGAUAGGCAAAGCCAUCGGGAGAUUUGCCUCUCUGCGAAGAGCUAAGACCGAUUGGGACAAUGUAGGUGUGAUAAUAGACUCUGGAGUAGAAGACAAUAAAGUACUCUUAACAAUUGACCUGACAGAGCCUGUACUGGAAGAAUCCAUCGAGCUUGGUAUUAAGAACAUUAUUGCAUAUCAUCCCAUAAUAUUCAAGGCCAUAAAGAAACUUGGGCCCAAGGAAUCUAUUGUUAUUAGAUGCAUUAGCAAUGGAAUCAGCGUUUUCUCCCCACACACUGCAUUAGAUCCAUUGAUGAACAACUAUAUAUAUAGCUUGAUCAAUAACGGGGCUUUUCUUUAUAAAAAGAAUUACGGACCUAAUACUUCAACCAUAGAGAAUGCUAUUUCUAUUCUCAAGGAGAAGAGCGGAAUAAGGAAUUUCCGGAUAUGCUUAGCAAGAGGGCAUACAAUGGAAAGUGUCCCGGAAUCCAUGUAUGUUGGUGUUGGAGCAACAUUUCGCAACACACCUCUUAAAAACUCAAUUGUUGUUACUGGAGAAAUGUCCCACCACGACCUACUGUCGUGCAUUGCAAACAAUGCAACUGUUGUUCUGAUGGAACACAGUAAUAGUGAACGAAUAUGUCUGGAACACAUUUCCGGCAAACUACAGGAGGAGCUCCCCGAUUACAAGAUUUUUAUUUCAACCAGAGACAAAGAUCCCGUUACAAUAAUAUGA